CAUGAAGAAUGGGAGCCAGAUAUAUUUAUAGUAGAUGAUGUGGGAGAAGAGAUCAAAGCUGUUGAAGAAAGCCUUCCUAGUAGUACAGUUCUGCUUUAUCACUUUCACGUAUUAAGAUCUUGGCGCAGAAAAUUAAAUUAUCAUCAAG